UUUCAGUAGAACCUAUACAUUUUUAAGAUGGAAGAACGAAUUUUGAAAAUCGGUUUAAUUAUUUCACUAAUUAUUUUCAUGUGCAAAAUGCAUAACUUUAUUCUAACUGUUGACAAUUGCAAAAAAUUUAAUACGUCAGUUAACAAUGUCUCUGAAGGAUCAAACGACUUCAUUGUUCCAUUUAUUAAUUACACAAAGUAUUUCAUUACUGCACCAAGGAACAAAAUAAUAAUGUGUGGGAUCAGAAAGUCGAUGUCCCUGUUGUCAACAAAUAUAAUGUGCUUACUUAAUAAUGUUGACCCGUUUUUUGCAAAUAACGACGCAUUGAACGAGGACUGGAAAGUGGAAAGAAGUUGUCAACGGAAUCAUUCGUUUUAUUUUCCACCGUCUGAAUUGCUCAAUGACAGUAACACAGUUAGAUUGGCGUUUAUAAGGGAUCCAUUUCAGCGUUUUGUCUCAUUUUAUCUAGACAAAUGUGUGAACUCCAAUAUGUGCCAAUCUUGCGGAACCAACAUGACAUGUGUAGUGGACAAGAUCUAUACGGGACUCAGAAAGAUUCAGACCAACUGGAAUGGGACCGUACCGUUUACGGAUCGAAUGAUUUUGCACACGGCAACAUAUUCUUGGAACUGUGACUUUCGCAAAGAUUUUUCAAAAUGGGAGUUCAUAUACAUUGAACCUGAAAAACAUGAACGAAUCAGAGCGAUAAAUCAUCUUUCAAGUGUUAUGAAAAAACAGGGAGUCAACGAAACUGUUAUUGGGAGAUUCCAAAAUGACAUGAAAAAUGGAGAAAUUUCUUAUGCAACGUACAAAUCACAAAAAAGAGCUGAAGCAUUGCGACUUGUACAAGAGGAUCCAUAUAUUCGAAAUAUUCUUCAUAAAAUCUAUUAUUUCGAUUAUGUUUUAUUUCAAUUGAAAAAAGAUGCACUGGAUGCACAAUUUAGGAGCACAAUUUAGAAAAA